AUGUCAUCCGAUUCCUCGGAUGACUUCUCUUCGGAUGAGGACGUGCCUCUGGUUGAUUAUGCCGCGUGGGUGAAGGACAGGCGCUAUCCCGACGACUGUGUGAGGGUGUUGUCUAGCGAGUUCCUCGACGUAAAAUAUCUGCACGAGAAUGGAUUCGACCAACCUGUGCUUGUUAAGAACACUGCCGGGCUAGGGCUACAC